AUGCAAGAAAGGUCCAAGAAAGCAAGCCACAGUGGAGCCUCGGGCUCGGGCCUUGAGGGCGAUGAGAAAGGUUCCAUUUCUAUUCACCCACCACCAAAUAUCUACAUCAUCGGCCUUUACUUCCCAUCCCAGCUAGGUAUGUCUUCCACGUGUGACUGCUGCCCCAACUGUGGCUUCUGCGCCAUAUGUGGCUUCUGCCACUGCCACGAACAGGCUGCACUCCAUGAGAUUGACCAGAGCACGCAUCAGAGCCAGCACAGCCCCAACUACCAACACGCUCAUCAGGAACAGAACCCACAUGGCCAACAUGCCCACCAUGGCCUCAACAUGCAGAAGGACUACUGGCCCCACGUCGACUGCUUCCACGCGCACCAGGGCCACCAUGCACACCAGGGGCAUCAUGCGCACCAUGACCAACAUGCACACCAUGGCAAAAGCAAACAUCACCGACGUGCCUAUGAUACUCCUAACACCGAGGGCUUGGGAAUCUGGAAUCGGGAAGGAACCUUCUACGGCCUAGUGGGGAACCGCUCCAACCAGAGUAGUUCACGCCAAAUCACUCGCACACCUGACACUCGCACUCCUAACACUCGCAAUCCUGACACUCGCCCGCAGGACACUCGCACUCCGGCGAUUGGAAGCGGGGCUAUGGUCAAAGGAAAGCAUCGGCUUCCUAUUCGAAACAACACUAGGGAGGUGAAGAAGCAGGAAGUUCCUGAUGAUACCGCUUCUGUCUGCACGCUGGACUAG